AUGCCGUGCGAGCGCGGCGCAGCCGGUCGACCAGACGCCGGGCUCGGCCGGCACCAAAGAGAAGGCAGCCAAGAGUCAGGCGUCACCGAAGCCGGCCCCGGCGCCCGCGCCGCGCCCGACUCCAGCGUGCCUUGCGACUGGCUGGUGGGGGACGUGGUGUGGGCACGGGUCAGCGGGUACCCGCUCUGGCCGGCCAUCGUCCUCUACGACACCGGGGAGGGACAGUUCACCAAGGUCGUCAGGAAGGCCGGCUGCAAGACGUCGCGGCGGUACCACGUGCGCUUCUUCGGCGACCUGUGCCGCGGCUGGAUCCACCCGAACAACCUGCGCCCGUUCGAGGGGCGCGCCCAGUUCGACCAGCUGGCGCGCGCCGAGCAGGCCGGGCCGCGGCGCGUCGCCGGCAAGGAGAGCAGCCAGUUCCGUCUCUCCAGCCGCAACCUGCCCAAGUGGCUGACGGGCGUGGCCGAGGCCACGGCCAGCGCCGCGCUGGAGAGGUACGAGCGCGUAAAGCCGUUCGUGGCGCAGGACGAGCCGGGGGCCCCCGCUGCGGAGCCAGAGCCGGCUCCUGCACCCAAGCCAAAGCCGCGCCGGCGCAAAUCCGCGCCCGCCUCGGUACAGGCGUCCGCCACCCCCGCUCCCUCCGCCACCGUCACCGCCUCCUCUCCCGCCCCUGGCACCGCCCCCAGCACCCUCUGCGAGGAGAACGGCGAGCUGGGCCGAGAGCUGUGCGCCGGCGCGCCGGCCUCGGCCGUGCGCUUCUCGUGCGCCGAGUGCCUGUCGGGCCAGCACGUCUGUUUCGUCUGCAAGUCGGCGUCCGGCGCGCUGGAGCGCUGCGGCUGGACGGGCCGCUGCGGCAAGCACUUCCACCGGGCGUGCCUGCGCCUGUUCCCGCAGGCCACCAGCUCCGAGCACAGGCUCGUGUGUCCGCUGCACGUGUGUCACACGUGCGUCAGCGAGGACCCGCGCCGGCUGGCCGCCCAGUUCAAGCCGACCGACAAGCUGUUCAAGUGCGUCCGCUGCCCGACCGCCUACCACGCCAGCGAACGCUGCGUGGCGGCCGGGACGGAAAUCUUGAACGCGUCACAGAUCAUCUGCACCAAACACUACGGCCGCGACACCAAGAGGGGCUCCUCUUCUCACCACAUCAACACCACCUGGUGCUUCAUCUGCUCCAAAGGCGGCAGCCUGAUCUGCUGCGAGAGCUGCCCGGCCUCGUUCCACGUGGAGUGCAUCAACGCGCCGAUCCCGGACGGCGGCUACGUGUGCGAGGAGUGCGAGAGCGGCCGCUUCCCGCUCUACGGCGAGGUGGUCUGGGUCAAGCUGGGCUUCUACAGGUGGUGGCCGGCGAUGGUGGUGCCACCCAACGACAUUCCGGAGAACCUUCUGCAGAUGGAGUACAGCACGGGCCAGUUUGUCGUGCGCUUCUUCGGCUCCAAGGACUACACCUGGAUGCGGCGCGGUCGCGUCUUUCUCUUCGAGGAGGGGGACUCGGUGGGCCGAGUGCACGCCACCGGCUCUAAGACGCUGACCUCGUCGUACAAGAAGGCCAUGCAGGAGGCCACCGUCUACUACAAGCAGUACAAAGAGAGCCGCGAGAAGCAAAGGGAGGCGACCGACAUUCUGCGGCCGCCGGCCUACAUCCGGAUCAAGAGCAACAAACCGGUGGGCGGCGUGAAGCUGUCGAGCGGCGAUGUCAGUCAGGCGACGGCCUGCGGCUGCCGGCCCACCGACGAGAGGCCUGCGGAUGCUCAUGUUCGAGUGCCACCCGGAGCUGUGUCGAGCCGGCGAGCGCGCUGCCUGAACCAGCGCUUCCAGAAGCGACUCUACCCGCCGCUGCAGGUGGUGCGCACCAGCGACAAGGGCUGGGGUCUGGCCGCGCUCGUCGACCUGAAAAAAGGCGACUUCGUGAUCGAGUACGUGGGAGAGGUGAUCAGCGAAGCGGAGCUGCAGCGGCGCGUCGAGUACAAACACCGCAUGCAGGACGACAACUACUACUUCCUCACCGUCGACAAGGACCGCAUCUUGGAUGCCGGGCCCAAGGGCAAUCAAGCCAGGUUCAUGAACCACUGCUGCCAGCCCAACUGCGAGACGCAGAAGUGGACCAUAAACUCUGAGACUCGGGUGGGGCUGUUCGCCAUCACCGACAUCCCGGCCGGCGAGGAGCUCAACUUCAACUACAACUUCGACUGCGUCGGCACGGCCAAGAAGCGGUGCAUGUGCGGAGCGCCCAACUGCAGCGGCUACCUGGGAGACAAGGCGCUCAAGGUGCUGAAGACGACGCGCGACGACAAGACGAAGCGGGCGAAGCGGCGCCGCCGGCGACGGCCGGCCAAGCCGCGCUCCGAGGACGACUGCUUCCGCUGCGGCCUCGGCGGCCAGCUGAUCCUCUGCGACUUCGCCGACUGCCCCAAGGCGUACCACGCCAGCUGUCUGCAGCUGGACCGGGCCCCUUACGGCAAGUGGGUUUGUCCGUGGCACCACUGCGACAUAUGCGGACAGCGGGCCGUGCAGAUGUGCGUCCAGUGUCCCAACUCGCUCUGCAAGAACCACCUGAACACGAGCAUGGCACACCACCCGGAGCUGGGCGACCUGUGCGACGACCACGAGCCGGCCGAGGUGGCGCAG